AUGCCUACAAUGCAAGGAACGAUCCUUUCGACAGACGGCAUCAACUUUAGUCUUGCUUUUAACAUCGACGAUCUACCGAUGUAUGGCUCAGGAAGGUUUUUAUCGAGCGCAAUACCUUCAUUCCUCAGCAAGAACGCUACAUUGACGUAUGUCAAUAAGGAUGAUCUGACCGGCACCAAGAGUGUUACGGGUGUGGUGGGGAAAGCGACGCUUAACAUGCUAUCGGAGAAUGUGAAAAUUACAGGGAAUUUGGAGGUUCCUUUUCCUACUGAGAUACCGAUGACUGGGCAAAUCACUUGGUCCUCUGGAUGA